GGAAAAGCCGAGGAGGAGACUGUCUCAAAUCUCUGGAGGACCCCUGAAGUCUGCUGUGGGGCUUAACAUCACUUGAACACAGACAGGAGGAAGAAAUUGCAGCGCAUCAGUGAAGAUCCACCUGCAGUGGCAGGUCCUGUGGUGUUGGAGUUGCUGCUAAAUAACCACUCUCAUCUGGUCUGCACCCACCCAGGAACCAUCCAUCCUUCCCCAGCCUGGUUGUGCCUCUUCUGCACUUUAUCUGUAUUAUUGACUGAGACUGUGCUUGGGUAGAACCAUCCCUGAUUCCUGGAGUAAGAACCCACUGUAAUUCUUGUUUCCAGCUUUAUAUUCUAAGUCAUCAGAGAUCAGAGUGUGAAGAUACAAUUCUGUGACAUAUCUGUGGUUAAGACUUACUCUUGGAGAGGGGUAUAAACUGGGUUUUCUCUAACUUGUACCAUGACCGGGGCAGAGAUUGAACCUGGUGCUGAGGUGGGGCCUGUGAAGAAGGCUGGAGAAGAGGUUGUGAGUGUGGCUGAGAUAGAGAAUGAAGUCCCCAUGGUGGUCAGACCCAAGGUUAGGACCCAGGCCCAGAUAAUGACUGGAGCAAGGCCCAAAAUGAAGACCAAGGUUAUGUCUGGAGUAAGGCCCAAAACUGAAGCCAAUAUAGGUGGUGGGACACGUACUAAGAGUAAAUCCAAGUCAGUUCGUAGGUCAAGAUGUAAGAAUGAUGCCCAGGCCUGGGCUCAGAGUAAGUUUGGGGCAGAGUCAAUGUCAAAGACAGGGGAAGAAUCACAAACCAAUCCCAUAAACUCUCCAUUAGGCAGUACUGAUUCUGGGUUGGUUGCUAAAGCUAACUGCCUAUCUACAGAUAGAAAACUGGUUAAUAUGAACACUGAGAGCUUUCCUAGAAAGAAGGCCCAUUCUCAAACAGGAUUCCAGACUUCAUUUGAGUCCAAAGAGGUAACCAAUGCUGGGUCCUGGUGCUGUCCCAGGCCUACACCCAAAGAAGAGGCCUAUCAGAAUUCUGAUUUUAAAUGGGUAGACAAAUCCUUUGGGAGUUCCUGGUUCUGGAGUGGAGAUGAAGUCAGCACAAGAUUUCGUUCUCGGAACAGGGUAAAGGCCAGUAUCAGGUCCAGGCACAUGGCUAAACAAGAGGUAUAUUCCAUGUCUAGGCACAGAAACAAACAGGAGCUCUAUCUUGUAUCUAGUUCUGGUUCUGAGGAUGAGUCUCUUAAGACAUCUUGGUUCUGGGACAAAGGAAAAACUAGCUGCUGGUCUAGGUGCAGGGAAGAGGCCAAUAGUAAGUCCUGGUUUAUGUCGAAGAAUGAAGUCUGUGUUGAAUCCAGUUCUGGGUCUGAAUGUGAAAACCAUAUGAAGUCCUGGUUCUGGGCUGGAGAAGAGGCCAAAUCCAGAUCUAAACCCAGAACUAGAAAAGAGUUCAAUACUAGGGCCAGGCACAGGGCCAAGCGAGAAGAUUGUGGUGAUGUCAUUCCUGAGUCUAUAGAUACUAAAAAAGAGUCCUGGUUCUCACCUAGAGAAAAGACAAAUAUGUUUUCAAGGUCCAAGUCGAAGAAAAAAGCAAUGACAAAGGAAGAAUCCAAAACCAAGUACAGAGCCAGGGCCAAGCAAGAAGCCAGGUCAGAAGAGGAGGUCUUCAUUGGGACCUGGUUCUGGGUCACAGAAGAGUCCAGUAUAGUAGAUGGGGCCAGAAUGAAGUCUAGUCCACACGUGGAGGAUGAGCCCAUUGUUGGUAGUUGGUUCUGGACUGAAGAAGAGACCAGUAUGGGGACUAGGGCAAGCAGUAAAUCUAGACCAAGGGCUGAGGAGAAGCCUAUUGGUGAUUCUUGUUUUGGGACUGGGAGAAAGACUAGUAUGGAAAUUGGGACCGAGGCCACCUCUGAAUCUAUGCUAGCAACUAAUGAUGAAGAGCUCAUUGUUGGAUCUUGGUUCUGGGCUGGUGAAGAAGUCAACCCAGAGGCUGAAGAAGAGCCCAUUUUUGGGUCUUGGUUCUGGGGCAUUGAUGAGACCAGGGAAGAAUCUGCUGUUGGAGUCAGCUGUGAGUCCAUGCCAAGAUCUGAGGAAAAAGAAAUAAUUGAUCCAUGGUUCUGGGCUGGAGGAGUCAAUUUAGAGACUGGGGUUGAAGAAGAGUCCAAGCCAGGAUCUGAAGAAGAGAAAAUGUGUGUGUCUUGGUUUUGGUCUGACAAGCAGACCCAUAUGGAUUCAGGAGCUGAAGCAAGCUGUGACAUUAUGACAGAAGCUGAUGAGGAGGAGCCCAUAAUUGGGUCCUGGUUCUGGGCCAGAGUAGAUGCAUGUGUGGAGGCUGAAGUUAAUAGUAAGUGUGGACUGAAAGCUGAGGAAGAAGCCAUAUCACCGUGGUUUGGGGCUAGAGAAGAGGCCAGUAUAAAGUAUGGAGCUGGUGCCAGAUGCAAACUUACAGCAGAGGCUGAGGAUACUGAUAAUAGGUCUUGCUUUUGGGCAGAAGAAGAACCUUGUAUGUAUCCUACCAGUAGAGGAAGCUGGAAGUCUCGACCAGAGGAGGAAGAGAACACUGUUGAUUCAUGGUUCUGGUCAAAAAAAUACACAAGGCCAGAGACCAUUGUAGGGUGCUGGUUAUGGUCUGCAAAAGAGGGCAGUAUAGAUGAUGAGACUGGAGAAGAGGUCAAGCUACCAACUGAAGAGGAGAACAUAAUUAAGUCCUGGUUCUGGAAAGAAGAUGAGGAAGCCAUUAUAGAAGCAACUGACAGAGAAGAGUUAAGGCCAGAAGCUGAGGAGGAGGGCAUCAUUGGUUCUUGGUUCUGGGCUGGGGAAGAGGACAGGCUUCAGGAGCCAGACAAGGCUGGAGAAGAAAACAGGGUAGCAGCUGAGAAGAAAGCUACUGUUGGGUCCUGGUUCUGGGCCAAUGAAGAAGCCAUUAGAGAGGCUGGAUUUUACAGAAAAUAUAGUCCCAAAACUGAUGAAGAGGAAGUCAUUGUUGGGCCCUGGUUCUGGGAAGAAGAGACCAGUCUGAAGGCAGUGAUAGGGGACAGCUUUGAGUCCAAGCCUAGGGCUGAGGAAGACGAAAUCAUUGUUGGGUCCUGGUUCUGGACUGAAGAGGCCAAUACAGAGGAUGGGUCUCAAAUAGUAGAGGAAACAAGGUCAAAGACUGAAGAAGAGGCCAUUUUUGGAUCCUGGUUCUGGGCUGGAAAAGAAGACAGUAUAGAAGCAGGAAUAUGCUAUGUAUCUGAGCCAGAGGAUGACAAAGAGAUGAUUGUUGAGUCUUGGUUCUGGUCUGCCCUUGAGGAAACUGAAACUAUGGCUACCUGUGAGUCUAAGCCAGAAAAUGAGGAAGGGGCAGUUGUUGAGUUUGGGUCUAGAGCUAAAGAUGAGGUGACUAACAAGAUUGGCAAUGGAACCAACUAUGAGCCCAGGACAGUAGCUGAUGAAAAUGAGGCCAUAGUGGGGUCCUGGUUCUGGGCAGGAGAUGAGGCCCAUUUUGAAUCAAAUCCUAGCCCUGUGUUCAGGGCCAUAUGUGAUUCUAGGUGUUCAUUUGAGCAAGAACCUGAUCCUUCUCACAGACCCCAGAGCUGGGAAGAGGUCACUGUUCAGUUCAAGCCUGGUCCAUGGGGUAGGGUUGGCUUCCCAUCUAUAAGCCCAUUCAGAUUUCCAAAAGAAGCAGCAUCUCUGUUCUCUGAAAUGUUUGGGGGAAAGCCCAAGCAUGUGGAACUUUUCCCAGAGGGGGAAGAGCAGGAAUCUUUGCAUGAGUCUGAACCUGAGUUCCCAUUUCAGUAUGAUCCCUCCUACCGGUCAGUCCGGGAAAUUCGAGAGCAUCUUAGGGCCAGGGAGAGUGCAGAGCCUGAGAACUGGUCUUGCAGCUGCAUUCAGUGUGAGCUUAAAAUUGGUUCUGAAGAGUUCGAAGAACUCCUUUUAUUAAUGGACAAAAUUCGGGAUCCCUUUAUUCAUGAAAUAUCUAAAAUUGCAAUGGGUAUGAGAAGUGCUUCUCAGUUUAUCCGAGAUUUCAUUCGAGAUGCAGGCAUUGUCUCACUUAUUGAAACCUUACUCAAUUAUCCAUCCUCCCGAGUUAGGACAAGUUUUUUGGAGAACAUGAUUCGCAUGGCUCCACCUUAUCCAAAUCUAAACAUGGUUCAGACAUAUGUAUGUCAAGUGUGUGAGGAAACCCUUGCUUGUAGCUUGGAUUCCCCUGAGCAACUGUCUGGAUUAAUGAUGAUUAGACAUCUCACUACUACUACUGACUAUCACACACUGGUUACCAAUUAUAUGUCUGGGUUUCUCUCCUUACUAGCCACGGGGAAUGCUAAAACAAGGUUUCAUAUUCUGAAAAUGCUACUGAAUUUGUCUGAAAAUCUUGUGGUGACAAAAGAGCUACUCAGUACUGAAGCAAUGUCAGAAUUUAUGGGCCUCUUUAACAAGGAAGAGACAAAUGACAAUAUUCAAAUUGUUCUUGCAAUAUUUGAGAAUAUUGGUAACAAUAUAAAAAAAGAAGCAGUGUUCACUGAUGAUGACUUUGGGCUUGAGCCACUUAUUUCUACAUUCCAUGAAGUUGAGAAAUUUGCUAAGGAACUGAAAAGCAAAACCGGCAAUCAAAAUCAACCUGAAGCAGAUCAAGAAAAUUAGUAUGGUUAACCACUUAUCUCUGGUUGUCCUUACGUUCCCUCAGUUGUGCUCCUUGAGUAAUGCUUUCUUUUUCAGUAUUUACUGUUGGUUCUGUGUUGCAGUGUAUGUCUUUAUUGCUGAUACUAACUUUACCCAACUCUGGGGAUCAUUUUUCAGAUGCCAAAUGACUAUUAGUACUGAAAACAUGUUCGUUGAUACUUGUCUUGUCCAAAUUGUGAUAUUUAGUAAGUGAGCUUAUAGUGAACUGAGCCAUCAUAAAUAAGCUACCCUUUUGAAUGUUGUAAUGUGAAGAUAUCUAUUUGAGUCUUGUUUGUGUUUCAAUAAACUUCUAUUGUAAAGUUAGCAGAAAUCACUCUUUUCCUUGAACUUUAAAAUACAAGUGCAAAAAUGACACAUGAAUACUGAUAAUAUAUUAGUGAUAUGCUAAAUACAAAGGAUUUUUCUCAGCUUUAAUCUCAAAGGUUACAAUGGCCUGCAACACAGGGUAUGCUUCAAAGAAAAAGGAACUGCUUAAGUUGGACACUGAGUGUAGGAAAGCAUGAUGUAAAGAAAACCAUGUAGUU